UCUUCCUUCUUCUCCAUGGCGCGGACCGAGCGACUGGUUGCCCCGGGCGACGGCGGCCUCCGGCUCACAAAGCGCGCAGCGUGAACGGGUGACGUAAUCAGAUCCCGCCCCCUUCGCCCGGGCAAGGGGCUGGUCCGGUGACGUAGGCGGUGUGACCCCGCCCCUUAAGGUCCCGGCAGCCGCCCCGGCUACCAUGGAGAUCGGCUACGGGACGGAGUGUCAGCCGGGCCAGACAUCUGUCUGCAGCCUCCCCCUGCAGAUCUCCCUCUACUUCAGCUGCAUCUACUUUCCCUUCUGGUGGGUCUGUCACCUCGUCAUGUUCCAGGUCAAGUACGAGUACCUCAGCCCGUACUAUCAGAUCACCCUGUGCGCGCUGAUCCUGGUGAUGACCCUGGUGGAGGCCGUCCGGCUGUACCUCGGAUACGUCGGCAACCUGCAGGAGAAGGUGCCUCAGCUGGCCGGGUCGUGGCUGCUCACCCUGCUGCUCCAGCUGCCGAUGCUCCUCUUCCAGCUGCUGACCCCCCACCUCCGGGUGCUGCCGGCCGAGUGGGCGUCCUCGCUCCUCUACCUCGCCCUGCUGCUCUCCCAGGCCCUCCUGGCCCUCCUGGCUCUGCGCCGCCUCGCCUCCCAGCUGGAGGUCCGCUUCCAGCUCGCCCACCUGCGCCACGGCGAGGGCUGGGGGCCCUCGGCCAUCCCUCCCGCCUGGCGGUGAGAGGGGAAAUGGAUCGGCGAUGCUGGCGCAGACUCGAUGGGCCAAACGGCCUCGUUCUGCUCCCGUGUCUUCAGCUCUUGGUUAAGGAGGGAGGGGAGGGGGGGAG